AUGGCCUCUUUGACUGCAUUACCAGCUAACUUUGCCUUGGGACUGCAGUUGAUAGACGAUGCCCACGCCGAAGACCCGAGGACGACACUAAACGAGGAUGGGAACACAAAACCUUAUGAGUUGCACUACGCGUGCAAAAUGACCAAAUGGUUGGCAGCAAGAUGCCCGGAUGCAUCACCAAGUCUACAGCUCGCCUGCCGCGCACAACACUUUAGAAGGUGGGAAAUCCCCCGCAACUCAUACCCAAUGACUCGGCCGGGUUACUUGACCUGGCGGGCGAAGCAGAAGGCCCAGGCAGCGUCGCAGAUCGCGGAACUCCUGGCGUCUUCCUCUAUCAGCCCAGCGUUGCCGCAGGAAGAGAUAGACAGGGUGGCAGCCUUGAUUCGCAAGGAGGACCUGAAAAGCAACGAAGAGACACAGGUGCUGGAAGAUGUUGCGUGCUUGGUGUUCCUAGACGAUCAGUUUGACGACUUCGAGAAGAAAGAGGACAUUGAUGAGGAAAAGAUUACAAGUAUCCUCAGGAAGACAUGGGCCAAGAUGAGCUCCAAGGGUCAAGAACUGGCACUCGCAAUGGACCACAGCGAUCGGGCGAAGACGUUGAUUGGCAAAGCAUUGGCUCAAUAA